UUCAAGCUACAAAUGACAUCAAAGCUCAUAGUUUGCAGAGAGAGCAGUGGCCACAUGUUUGUCCCCUGAAGAAACACAGAGCGUUAACAAUGGUCUCCUUCAUCACUAUCUCACCACUACCACCAACACUCUUCUCUCGAACCUCACUACUUCCUUCUGUACAACCUCUUCGUUCAUUAGCACCCAUUACCCAAUUCAAGAAAGCCUUGUGUUGGGAUUGGAAAGUGAAUUGCAUGUCAUCAGGUUCAUCACCACCACCACCACCGCCGACUCCUUCAGAUUCUACUGAAUCAGAAUCAGAAUCCGAAACGCAAUCGUUUUCUUCUGAUUGGAGCAUUUCAACAUACACUUGGUGUGCGUCUAUUGGAACUGUUGGGUUUCUUGAAACUGCAUACUUGACUUAUCUUAAGCUCACUGACUCUGAUGCUUUCUGCCCCAUUGGUGGCGGCAGCUGCGGCGACGUUUUGAACAGUGAUUACGCUGUUGUUUUUGGUGUUCCUCUUCCUGUUAUUGGAUUUGUGGCAUAUGGUCUGGUGGCAUCACUUGGUCUACUAUUGCCCGGGAAGAGUUUACCUUUUGGAAUAGGAGAGAAUUAUGGCCGAUUUAUUUUACUUGCUAGCACGGCCUCAAUGGCUGCUGCUAGUGGAUACUUUUUGUACAUUCUUAGCUCUGAAUUUUCAGGGGUGUCUUGUUCAUAUUGCCUAUUGUCGGCUUUCUUGUCUUUCAGCUUAUUUUUCAUCACUUUGAAGGAUUUUGGGUUGCAAGAGAUACCAAAAGCAUUGGGUUUGCAAUUAUGUGUAGCAAGCUUGGUUAUUUUUGCAUUGAACACCUCAUAUGGUACUUCUCCAGCCAUCUCCUCAAGCAGUCUGGCUGAAAUCGACCUACCAUAUGUCACCUAUGAGAUAACGACACCAUCAAGUCCUUUUGCCCUUUCUCUUGCAAAACAUCUACACUCCAUAGGAGCUAAAAUGUAUGGAGCCUUUUGGUGUUCACAUUGUUUAGAGCAAAAACAGAUGUUUGGAAAGGAGGCAUCAAAAAUGUUGGACUAUGUGGAAUGUUUUCCUAACGGGUAUAAAAAAGGAAUCCAAAUAGCCAAAGCAUGUGCAGAUGCAAAACUUGAAGGGUUCCCGACAUGGGUGAUUAAUGGCGAGGUUUUUAGUGGAGAUCAAGAACUACCGGAGCUUGCACGGCUUUCUGGUUUUGAACAAAAUGAAUCAAAUCAACCUUCCUAGAGGCGAAAGAUUGUAGUAUAAUUACCAUUUGUACAGCUAGCUUUUACAGAUAAAUUUAAACUGCAUAGAACAUAAUAGCUCAGAAUACUGGCUAUGUUCCUAGUGUUCUCUUUUGUUGAAAUCGCCUGAGUUUUACUGAAUGAAAAUAAUUUAGUUGUGAAGAAA